AUUCAGAAAAACAAUACCUACCUACUCACAUUAUUAGUUUUUUAAUUUGAAAUCUUGUUCAAAAACAAUAUUGUUUAUAUUCAUCAUUGAACUACACUAAGAUACAAUAACAAUGCGAUACAAAACUACGUUAUCUAUUAAUCAAGAAUUUGCAAUCUUAUCAAUAGUUCAUCGGUUCAUUUCAUCUUUAUUGUUAAUUUUAAUAUUAACAAGACAAACAAAAGGAUAUUUGGUAUACAAUGAUGGUGCACUAAUACAAGGUUUAACAUUCACUGAACCAUGUCCAGAACGUGGUCAUGAUUAUAAUAAUCCUACUGGGAAUUAUAUGUGUGUUGUACCAACACCAAAAGAAUGUUUUAGUUUAUGCAUAAAUUUAGGCUGUAGAGAAUGGCAUCAUAUGAAUUUGAUUCCAUCUGGUAGUGAAGAAGUCAAGAAAUAUCAUCGAUGUCGUUGUAUUCCAGAGUUUAAAAUGUGCUUUUAUAAUUAUGUACCUAAAAUGUAUCGUAAUUUUGAUUAAUUCUAUAUAGAUAUUUAUAUAUCAAAAAUGUACAUAAAAAAACACUUCAGAUUUUCAUUUUCAAUGCAGCAUAUGUAUCAUAUUGAUUAUUCCAGUUUAUUUCAUUAUUAUACAAUACGCACCUACACACACACACACACACACACAUUUAUACAAACAUGAAUUACUU